GUAAUCGGGCGAGGCGAACGGAAGAGGAAGAGCUAAAGAAGUUUUAAUUCUAUAGUGGUCUAAAGCACACUUUUUCUUCUUGGGCUUAGUAGUGAUCAUAGGUUUAAUAAAAUAAUUGGUCACUAGCUAGGAAAAUCUAUUGUUAUGUUACAGGUUCAAGCAUUAGUAGGCAUUAUAUUUUGCAGCUUAGCUUACAAACAUCAGGAGAGUAUUAAAUAUCAUAUAUCACUUUGGAUGAAAAACUUUAACCUCAUAUACGUACAUGGAUACUUAGAAACUAUUCAAACAGAUCCUGAAAAGUACUUAACCUAUUCAAUUAUUAUUUUUAUUAUUUAUAUUACUGUAUGCAUCCUGUAUAUUUAUGGAGCCUACGUUUGUAACAACGCUGCGAUGGUGGGAUUUAUAUCUGUAGAGCUGGUACGCCUAAUCACUCUCUCAAUACUGGUUACAAUUUGCCUGCUGGUCCUUAAACAGAACACCAUGGAUAUAGGACUCGUUAUUGGAGCCAGUGUAGUCGCUGGUUUUGUUCUUUUGGGCCUGUUCUAUUUGUGGGUCUGCGCAGCCAAUCUGCCAACACUCAUCAAUGAGAUAGAACGAGAGGAACAUAUAGCGAAGAUUGAGAAACUUCAACAGUUACUCCUCGAGAAUAAGAACCAGCGAUUCAAAUCAAACUUCUUACACUCGUCGUUUGAUGACCACGAUGACGAUGUAGACAGAAGACAUUUGUUCGUUAUAACAAGAAACUUCAAAUAAGUGAACGAAUAAAGUAAUUUAUUAUUAGUAAGGGGCUAAUAGAGCAUCAUUUGGGGUAAACUACCUAUCUACCCUCGGACUUACUUUCACUUUGACUUUUUGACAUAUGUUGUUCGUUGUUAAUGGAAAUAGACGAAUAUAAAUAAAACUCCGUUUUCUUUAAAUUAAAGUAAUGUAAA